AAAGUCAAUCUCAGUGAGCUGUUUUACAUUUUAAUCCCGCUUCCUGUGGCAGCCCGAGAGUACAAGCCUGCCUUCUCUUCUAUCCCUGCAUUCUUUUUUUAUUCUUGAUAUACUUCCUCCCAUCCUUCAACCAUGGCAGCAAUAAACAUGGCGUCAAGCUCAGGAGUCAAUUUUGCCUCUGAAGUACGGCGUAGAACUGUCCCCCGCACCGGAAAAUUGAGCCAUGCUCCUGAUCAUGAAGUAUAUGAUGACGAGAAAUCAAAGCCAGAGCCUGCUUCGUUCAUUUCUGCGGUAGCCCACUGGGAGCCUAUAAUUGCGCCACUUCUUUUGACAGCUUUCGCAAUAUUCACUCGCAUGUAUAAUAUUGGUCGUUCGAAUAUCGUGACAUGGGAUGAAGCACACUUUGGCAAAUUUGGAUCACAUUAUCUGAAGCGCGAAUUUUAUUUUGACGUACACCCACCACUGGGUAAGAUGCUAGUUGGCUUGUCUGGGUUUCUUGCCGGUUACAAUGGGUCAUUCGAAUUCAAAUCUGGUGAGCAGUACCCCGAAGAUGUCAACUAUACGUUCAUGCGUAUUUUCAAUGCUGCCUUCGGAGCGGCGUGUGUCCCUCUCGCCUAUUACACUGCCCGAGAACUUGGUUUUCGCAAGGCCACUGUUUGGCUUAUUAGCCUGAUGGUGCUAUUCGAAAAUUCAUAUGCCACCAUCUCACGCUUCAUCCUCCUUGAUUCCAUGCUACUGUGCUUUACAUUCACGACCACACUGUGCUGGGCGAGGUUCCAUCGGCUACAGAGUGCUAGCUUUUCGACUGAAUGGUUCGCGUGGCUUUUUCUCACCGGCGUUAGCAUUGGCUGCGUCUGCAGUGUCAAAUGGGUCGGCUUUUUUUGCACUGCGAUUGUUGGACUCUAUACAGUUGAAGAUUUGUGGAACAAAUUCGGUGACCUCAAGAUGCCCGAGGUUGUGGUGGCCAAACAUUUUGUUGCCCGCGUAGUGGGCCUGAUCAUCGUGCCUUGCGUUGUCUACAUUCUGUCCUUCUAUAUCCAUUUCUGGAUCCUUGAAAAUAGUGGCCCUGGAGAUGCGCAGAUGAGCUCGCUUUUCCAGGCGAACUUGAAAGGCACCGAAGUCGGAAAGGAUAGCCCUCUCGAGAUAGCGCUAGGAUCGAGAGUGACGCUGAAAAACAUGGGGUAUGGUGGCGGGCUUCUCCAUUCGCAUAUUCAGACAUAUCCGGAAGGGUCAACACAGCAACAGGUCACAUGUUAUCACCAUAAGGAUGCCAAUAAUGACUGGUUCAUCUAUCCCAAUCGUUAUGAACCUGAAUUUGACCCCGAGGGCCCUUUGAGAUUCAUUGGCGAUGGUGACAUUAUCCGUCUAAUUCAUGGACAGACGGGUAGGAACUUGCACUCACAUGCUAUAUCUGCCCCAGUCACUAAAAGCCAGUUCGAAGUGUCUUGCUACGGUAACAUUACUAUUGGCGAUGACAAAGACCACUGGACAGUUGAGGUUGUUGAUGAUGUUGCCUCCAGAGACAGGACCAAAAUUCGGACUCUGACCACUGCAUUUCGCUUAAGACAUCCUGCCUUGGGUUGCUACUUACGUGCAGGGAAUGUAAACCUUCCACAAUGGGGUUUCAAACAGAUUGAAACUACAUGCGUGAAGGAGAAUAAACCCAGUGAUGUUUACACGCAUUGGAAUGUCGAGUCUCAUUACAACGAAAAACUUCCACCUGGUGAUCCAGGGUCCUACAAGUCCCCUUUCUGGAAGGACUUCAUUCAUUUAAAUGUUGCCAUGAUGACGUCCAAUAAUGCUCUUGUUCCCGACCCCGAUAAGCAAGACGAUCUCGCCUCCAAAUUCUGGCAAUGGCCGAUACUCAAUGUAGGCCUUCGUAUGUGUUCGUGGGACGACAACACAAUCAAAUAUUACCUUCUGGGCAACCCCAUCGUCUAUUGGGGAAGUACCCUGAGUCUUGCCACCUUUGGGCUUUUGGUUCUUUGGUAUAUCGUGCGUUGGCAGCGAGGCUAUAAUGAACUUACUCAAGCGGACAUCAGUCACAUUCACUAUUCCGGCCUGUACCCAGUCAUUGGAUGGGUGCUGCAUUAUCUACCUUUUGCUGUUAUGGCACGAGUGACCUAUGUCCACCAUUACUAUCCGGCUCUCUACUAUGCCAUACUCACGUUCGGGUUUUGUAUUGACUGGUUCACUCAAGGGAUGAACAAGAAGUUGCGAUGGGUGGUUUACGCUUCCCUUUACUGCAUUAUCAUCGGCAUGUUCGUGUACUUUCGAGCUAUUGUGUUUGGCAUUGAAGGGUCCAGUCAGCAGUGGUCUCAUUUGAAUUGGCUCAAUGGUUGGCGGAUUGCGAAUUGAGUUGCUUCCGCAUCACCACCACCCCUUUCCUCUUUCCUUAUCAUGACAAUUUCUGUCAUAAUUACACUUGCUAUACAAUAUUAAACUUUUGUACCAAACUUCUGCAUGUAUGCUAUUGCCCUCUUGUGAAACAUAUGUAAAAGGUAGUUUGUUAUUGUUUCGGGAUGAGAACCAUGCUUCAUUAUCCCCAUAGCGGCUAUGAGCAUGUUCAGUUGCUCUCUUUUC